UUGCGGAUUUUGAAGAUUUCACCUCUGGUCACACUGUUUCUCAAUAUUCAAUUUGUUUACAUUUAGACGACUGAUCCUUAAAACCUGAAUUGAAGGCCAUUUUCUCCAGGAUGAAUGCACCCAUGGUGCUGAUACAGUGCCGGGUCUGCCUGGGGGAGUUUGAGGAGAAUGCAAUGAGAUCCUUGUUCGAGGAAGAAGAUGCCCUAAACGAGCAAGUGGAGAUCUGUUGCGGAAUCAAGAUUCGCCAGUCUGUCAACCUGCCCGCCAAGGCCUGCUUCAGUUGCUGCGAGUUCGUCCGUAUGUGGCUCAACUUCCGCCAGAUGUGCCUCAACUCGCAGGUUUUCUGGGAGACGAGUUGUCCGGUAGAGGAGCGGCCCGAGGAUAUGCAGCAAGUCAGCGAUGCUGAGUACAUAGAGUACCUUUAUGAUAAUCUUAAGCUAAAUGUGACUGCUGAGAACGACUACCAGGUAGAGAACCUUUUGACCGGGGAGGAGGACGAUCUCUUAGAGGCCUCUUCGCCGCCGCCGGAUGUGAUCGAUGUCAACGACCUGAUAGUGGGCGAACCAAUAGUGGACACAGAUAUACUUGACAAAGCAUCGCCUGCCGAAAUCCUUGUUUCCCACCUGGACCCCUAUGAAAACGACCUCGUCGAGCCAGAGGUGGAUGAGGAUGUGGAGUUUGAGAGCCAGACAGCCGAUGAUUCUUCCCUAAUGACGGAAACCUACUUCGAGGUGGAUUUCGAGGAGGAAGAAUUGAACGAUGGUGAUGAAUUCAUAUCAUCCACGCCGUCACCUGAUCCAAAGAGCAGCUCAAAUGCAAAACGAAAGGCUGGCAGGCCCCGCAAACCGGAGAAUGAACUAAAAUAUAAACGCAAGGACACAAAGUCGAGGAGCAAGACAAGUUCGCAGAGCCAAUGCGACGAUCAGCCCAGAAAGUUUAUGUGCAAUCUAUGCGGCAAUAUCUAUACAAAGAAGUCACUUUUCACGGCCCACAUGACCGCGCACACGGACUACAAGCCCCAUCAGUGCGAAAUCUGCCACAAAUCCUUUCGCCAGAUGGGUGAGUUGCGGGCCCACAUACGUCGGCAUACUGGCGAGCGUCCCUACAAGUGCAUGUACUGCGAUCGGCACUUCUACGACCGGAGCGAACGGGUGCGCCACGAGCGGGUGCAUACCAACACCAGGCCCUACGCUUGCCAUGAGUGUGGCAAAACUUUUACGCACACGGCCAUUCUUAAAAACCACAUCCUAGUCCACUCGGGCGAGAAAAACUACAAAUUUACGAGGACGAGCGAUACCAUGCCCGAGUACAUGCUGUGUAGAAUCUGUCUGGCAGAGGACACCAACUCGGAUGCAAUGACACCACUUUUCGAAGAGGAUGACCAGUGCCGGGAGCUGGUGCGGAAGAUCGAGGAAGUAGGCAGCAUCAAGCUGGUGCCGCUGCAGGACAUUCCCAGCAUGUUGUGCUAUAGCUGUGUGGACAGGCUGACCAAUGCCCACAAGUUUCGAGAACUGUGCCGCGAGAGCGAGCGGACGUUCUCCACCAAUGUGGUCAAGGCCGAGAUGAAAUCUGAACCCACAGACGAUGGUGCGCAUAUUGUGACUGACCAUAUUGAGUAUAUCUACGAUGCCAGCAACGAAUUCAUUGAUCCCGAAGAAGAGGAGGAGGAGGAGGAAGAGGAAGAGGAUGAGGAGGACAUUGAGAUGGGGGCCAUGCUGGAAGAACGUCUUGAAGAAGGCAUUGUGGAAGCUGAACAUCCAUACGACAUAGAUAACGUCGUUGAUGAGAUGGACGUAAAGGACCUGAUCGGCCCCACUGGCAGCGACAGCGACUACGAUCCCAGUGAACGGAAGCCCAAGCUGCGCAAAUCAAGAUUGAACAAGAGAGGUCGUGGCAGACCUCGGACUUCCCAUCGCGCUCAAAGCACGGAUAUGGUAUCAGUACAACUAAACUUCAAGUCUGAGGAGUCGCCCACAAACAUUAUGUGUGAGAUAUGUGGUAACAUUUACUCCAAAAGGGCAGCCUUAAACAUUCAUAUGCGCCGACACAUGGCGGAAAAGCCAUUCGAAUGCGAGAUUUGCAGUAAAACAUUCGCCGGUCCUUCCGAGUUGAAUCGUCAUAUCCGCGUGCACACGGGGGAGAAGCCCUUCACCUGCAAAUAUUGUUCCCGCAGUUUUGCGGAUCGUAGCUCCAACAUACGUCAUGAAAGGACCCACACGAACGAGCGACCAUUUACAUGCUCUACCUGCGGCAAGUCCUUUUCCUACUCCAAUGUUUUAAAGAACCACAUGCUUACACACACCGGCGAGAAACCUUUUCUUUGCCGUCCGUGCAAUAAAACAUUUUCUCGUAAACACCAAUUAGAACAACACAUCGGUACGAUGACACACCAACAAACAGUGAGAUCCCACCAGAAAUCUGAACCCAUGCAACACCCAGAUAUUUACUAGUCCCUUUAAAUUGCAAUCUAUGUAUAACAUUAUUUUAAAUAGCUAAUGUAAAUAAAAGAGUACAAAUGUUCUUCGCUGGAUUUGUAAAAACAAUAUUAAAAAUAUAUAAAAAAUGCUUCAUUAUA